CUGCCUCGACGGAAGCGCGCUAGGCGGAAGUGGGGUGGGCGGGCCCUCGCGGCGCAUGCGCUCGGGCGAACUUGUCUUUCUAGCUCGCUCGUUGCUGCCGUCAUGGCGCCUGCGAAGAAGCUUGCGACGAAGGGCGGUAAAAAAAAAAAGCAAGUUCUGAAGUUCACCCUGGAUUGUACUCAUCCUGUAGAAGACGGCAUUAUGGACGCUGCCAACUUUGAACAAUUCUUGCAAGAACGCAUCAAAGUGAAUGGCAAAGCCGGCAACCUCGGUGGGGGAGCGGUGACCAUCGAGCGGACCAAGAGCAAAAUCACGGUGACCUCCGAGGUCCCCUUUUCUAAGAGGUACCUCAAGUACCUCACGAAGAAGUACCUGAAGAAAAAUAACUUGCGUGACUGGCUACGCGUGGUCGCCAACAGCAAGGAGAGCUACGAGCUGCGGUAUUUUCAGAUCAACCAGGACGAGGAGGAGGAGGAGGAGGAGGAUUAAAUGCAAAGAGAUCGCUAUUUUGUACAUUCACUUUUCCUGGAAUAAAAUUGUGGUAAAAAUUGUUCUAA